AUGGUUCGAUUAUCAUCGACGACCGUCGACCAUGUUGAACGCAGAAUGCUUACUUUCAAGUCACUUGCCAGGGUCUUUACUGGAGCUCCAUUGGUACAGAAAGUGCUGAAGAAUCAUGUGGCGGCAUUGUCAGGAGGUAUAAUCUAUAACCCGUUUGUGUGUUUCGGUACACCUAGUGAAAGGGAGCCCGUGAUUGUGAAAUCACUCUCCCCAAUUAUCGUUGCCCAAGCAAAGGGACAAAGAGGACAGCAGAUAGUUUCUAGCGGUCUAAAGUUCUUGGCUGACACAUCCACGUCCGUUUCAUGUGAGCACGACUUCUCUUCAUGGACAAGCCUUUCGCCUGCAAAAGUUAUUGACUCUUCUGGUUUGCAAAAAUGGGAAGAUGUUCUUGAAAUGUUCAACGACCUCAUUGAUUGGUUGAAAAAUGAAAGGGAGUUGCUCGUUUACGUAGCAAAGCUUGAGGUCACGAAAGAGGGGCUUUCUCAAGUCAAGGAUGUGCUGACUGAUACAAGUACAGGACACAAGGAAGUUCGGCAUCAAGAAAGCCUAGUGCAGAAGAAGUUGACGAAGACACUGGGUUAUUCAUCCAAGUGCUUGUUCGCACUUAUGUUAUAUUACCUCUAUGGGCAUGUUAGAGAUAUUGAAGUGGAUGUACGCGGUGGGGUUUAUAGCUGUGGUAGUGAGAAUGAUUUCUGCUUGUGCAUGGGAAGGAUUGUGACUUCGGAUGUGGUAUGGAGUGAGGUGAGGCAGUUGGACAGGGCUCUUGGGAUUUUCAAGUUUGUGUGGGAAACAGCAGGGGUGAAAGGAGCUUUGCAACUGCAAGGCCAUAUAUGUGAAGAAUUCAUCGAAGUUGGGACUGCUGUAGAGAGACUAGCAAGAAUUGGAGAAGUUGCUGCAGCAACUACGAUGGGUUUAACUCAGUGGAGUUCGUUGUAUGUCCAACUUUGGUAUGGUGUGCUUGAUCUUUUGUCGAAUUUGGCCAAGGUGGAGAUUGUUGGAUAG